CUCGGGGGCCCCUCCAUGGCUGAGCGAGGAGGCCCCAACGCGUCAAACUCCUGCCUGUAUUAUUCAGAAGGGCCUGGCCACCUUGAAUACAUAUACAUAUACAGACAGACAGGCUCAGGGCAUCGACACCUCCGCUACGAAAAGACGGCAUACAUAUUAUAGACCCUGCACUCUCCGCAGGUUAUAGAAUAACAAUAGAGAAGACUCUAUCGCAUAUACCACCGCACUCUCCAAGACCGCCGACAAGUCUGCAAAAGCAAAGCAAUGGCAGCCGACGCACUCCUCCCGCUCGUCGUGCAGAAGUAUGGCGGGACUAGUGUUGGGAACGCGGAACGCAUGCUUCAGGUUGCGAAUAUCGUCAGGGGGAGCGUGCUGCAGAAUAGGGUCGUUGUUGUAUUAUCGGCUAUGAGCAGUCAGAAAAAGUCUGAGGGGACUACAAGCAGACUACUGGAAGCAGUGACGGAGGUGCUGAAGCCCAACUCGCAGCGGUAUCUGGACAUCAUCGACAUUGUGGAGGAAGGACAUCUAGAAACCAUCCGCAAGUCUAUACAACAGGGCAGCAGCGUCUCAUCCGAGAACAUUGGCCCCAUUCAAGCAUCGGCAGAAGCAGACAUCCGCGCCGAAUGCCAGCGGCUACGCUCCUUCAUGGCCGCAGCCGAAGUAAUCGACGAAAUAUCGCCCCGAUCCCGCGACGUAAUCAUUAGCACAGGCGAGAAGCUCUCCGCCCGCAUCUUCACCGCCCUCCUCCAAUCCCAAGGCCACAACGCCGUCUACGUCGAUCUCUCAAAACUCAUCGACGCCAAAUUUGACGAGAAACGCAUCGACCAGUCCUUCUACGACUACCUCGUGCAGCGGCUUUCCACCAUUUUUGCCGCCUUCACCCCACAGCAGAUCCCUGUCGUCACAGGCUACCUCGGCCCUGUCCCCGGGGGUAUCCUCUCCACCAUCGGCCGCGGGUACACGGACCUGACCGCGGCCCUCGUCGCAGUCGCCCUCAAAGCGCGCGAAUUGCAGAUAUGGAAAGAGGUGGACGGCAUCUUCACCGCCGACCCGCGGAAAGCGCCCCGAGCGAGACUGCUGCCCAGCAUAUCCCCCGAAGAAGCCGCCGAGCUCACCUACUAUGGAAGCGAGGUCAUCCACCCUUUCACCAUGGAGCAGGUUAUCCGCGCCAGCAUCCCCAUCCGCAUCAAGAACGCGUUCAAGCCCGACGGCAACGGCACGGUGAUUGUACCGGAUGGGUGGCGCCACCCACAACACUCGGACGCGAUCGAGGUCGUCACCCCCAACGGCACACGUCUACCCCGGGACGCCCCGCAAAACUCCUCCACCUCCUCAUCAUCACCAUCACCGAAACGCCCGACAGCAGUAACAAUUAAAGAAAACGCGAUCGUCCUCAACGUCCACUCUAACCGUAAAUCGGUCGCGCACGGCUUUUUCGCGCAUAUCUUCCUCGCGCUUGACCGUCACGGAGUCGUCGUCGAUUUGAUAUCUACGUCGCAGGUGCAUGUCUCUAUGGCGCUUGGUGGGAAUGUGAAUGAGGAGCGGUUGGGGAAGGCGUUGGCUGAGUUGAGGACUUAUGGGACGGUAAGUUGCCCUCUGCCUGUUUCGUGUGUCUGUCUGUGUUUGUUUGCCCGGCUCACCCACAUAUCCCUAUGUGAUUCUUCCUAGGUGGACGUAAUCCGCAACAUGGCCAUUCUCUCCCUCGUCGGGCGCCAAAUGCGCAACAUGGUCGGCGUCGCGGGCCUCAUGUUCCGCACCCUCGCGCGGCACUCGGUCAACAUCGAGAUGAUCUCGCAGGGGGCUAGUGAGAUCAAUAUCAGCUGUGUGAUUGAGGAGGAGAGUGCGGAUGUGGCGUUGAGGGCUAUACAUGAUGAGUGUGUGUUGGGGGAGGGUGAGGAGGGGGAUGGG